AUGAUAAUCAAACAUCAAGGCCAGCAGUACAGGCCAAGAAUGGCAUUCCUCAGAAAGAUUGAAGACUUGGUGAAGGAGAUGCAGCACCCAGAGACGGGAAUCAGAAUGCAAAGCCAGAGGGUCAUGAUCACUAACAUCCCUCAUGCAAUGACAGGAAAUGAUAUCUUACAAUGGAUUGCCCAGAGGCUUUGGAUUGGCAACGUAGAGGCACAGAACUUAGGGAAUUUCGUUGUCAAGUAUGGCUACAUUUACCCCCUGCAGGACCCCAAGAAUCUCAUCCUCAAACCUGACAACAACAGUCUUUACCGAUUUCAGACGCCCUAUUUCUGGCCCACUCAGCAGUGGUCAGCUGAAGACACGGACUAUGCCAUCUAUCUAGCCAAGAGAAAUAUCAAGAAGAAAGGAAUUUUAGAAGAAUACGAAAAGGAAAAUUACAGUUUUUUGAACAAAAAGAUUAACCAUAAAUGGGACUUUGUCAUCAUGCAGGCCAAAGAACAAUACAAAACUGGAAAGGAAAGGAAGAAAGCAGACAGGUAUGCCUUGGAUUGUCAAGAAAAAGCUUAUUGGCUGGUCCACCGAUGCCCUCCAGGUACAGACAACAUCCUUGACUAUGGCCUAAAUCGAGUGACCAAUCCAAAUGAAGAUAAGAAAAUAACAAUUGCCUUGGUCAGAAAAGAGAUGAUGUACUACCAACAAGCUUUAAUGAGGUCUACGGUGAAAUCAUCAGUCUCUCUUGGAGGAAUUGUGAAGUACAGUGAACAGUUCUCUUCCAAUGAUCCUAUCAUGUCAGGAUGUCUCCCUAGCAACCCUUGGAUAACGGAUGAUACUCAGUUCUGGGAACUAAAUGCCAAACUGGUGGAUAUCCCAACCAAAAUGAGAGUAGAACGAUGGGCUUUUAACUUCAGUGAACUGAUUCGAGAUCCCAAGGGACGACAGAGCUUCCAGUUUUUUCUGAAGAAAGAAUUCAGUGGGGAGAAUCUGGGAUUCUGGGAAGCUUGUGAAGAUUUGAAGUAUGGAGAUCAGUCCAAGGUCAAAGAGAAGGCCCAGGAAAUUUACAAGCUUUUUCUGGCUCCAGGAGCAAGGCGGUGGAUUAAUAUAGAUGGCAAAACCAUGGACAUCACAGUCAAAGGGCUGAAACACCCUCAUCGCUAUGUUCUUGACGCUGCUCAAACUCACAUCUAUAUGCUCAUGAAAAAGGAUUCUUAUGCUCGAUACUUAAAGUCUCCAAUCUACAAGGAAAUGCUGGCCAAAGCCAUUGAACCUCAGGAGACAUCCAAGAGAAGUAGCAGUCUCCCAUUCAGGCGGCGUCAUCUCCGGUCCAGCCCAAGCCCUGUCAUCCUUCGGCAGCUGGAGGAAGAGGCCAAAGCUCGAGAAGCAGCCAACACGGUGGACAUCACCCAGGUCAUGAGCAAACUGGACCGGAGGAGCCAACUCAAAAAGGAAAUUCCUCCUAAAUAAACUAAUAG